AAAUCUGAAAUAAAUUGCAUGGAUUUUAGGAAUUAGUUUUCAGUCGACAAAUAGAUUUUCGUCACAGAAUGAAGAUAAUUCAGCUACUGUUAUGGGCCCUGUGCUGGGCAUGUGUUCUGUGCAAGGAAAGCUCAAGGAGGAGGAGUGAGAAUGACGAAGAAUCGAUUUCGGACAAAUUGGAAACUCUUUUGACCAAGACAAGUUCCAUGCAGAAACAUCUAAAGGGUUUGGAACGAAAAAUUGAUGAACUUGUGAAAAGAUCAAAUGCCCAGCUGGCCCACAUGGCUGAGUUGCAGAAAGCCAACUGGCAAACGAUACAGAGACGUCAAGAUGGUACCGUUAAUUUCUAUCGAAAUUGGACUGAAUAUAAAACGGGUUUUGGCAAUCAUUCAGACAGUGAAUUUUUUGUGGGUCUUGAAAAACUACACGAACUAACCUCUGGCAAGCCUCACGAAUUGUUGAUAAUUCUCAAAGACUGGGAAAAUGACACCCGUUAUGCCCACUACAGUCAUUUUGAAAUUGCCGGAGAGGAUGCCAACUAUGCCCUACGGAUGCUGGGUGAAUACAGCGGCAAUGCUGGCGAUGGCAUGCAAUAUUAUCUGGGCCAGAAAUUUUCCACAUUCGACAAUGACAACGAUGAAGAUGCCAAUACCAAUUGUGCGCGACUUUAUCAAAGUGCCUGGUGGUUUAAAAAUUGUGCUCUGAGCGAUCUGAAUGGGCCAUACCAAGAAGAAGACUAUGCCACCAAUGAUGGGAUUACCUGGUCCGAAUGGACCGGAAUGAAUUAUUCAUUGAAAUUUGCUGAAAUGAAAAUAAAACCUAAAGUCUUUUAAAUU